AUGAAACUCCAGAGGAAAAGAAAGGAAUCCUCCCGAGAAAAGAAAAAAACUCCCGAGGAAAGAAAGGAAUCCUCCCGAGAGAAAGAAAGUAAACUCCCGAGGAAAAGAAAGGAAUCUCCCGAGGAAAAGAAAGGAAAACCUUCCCGAGGAAAGAAAGAAUCCUCGAGGAAAGAAAGGCGAAACCUCCCGAGGAAAAGAAAGGAAUCCUCCCGAGGAAAAGAAAGGAAACCUCCCGAGGAAAAGAAAGGAAUCCUCCCGAGGAAAAGAAAGGAAACCUCCCGAGGAAAGGAAAGGAAUCCUCCAGAGAUAAGAAAGGAAUCCUCCCGAGGAAAAGAAAGGAAACCUCCCGAGGAAAAGAAAGGAAUCCUCCCGAGGAAAAGAAAGGAAUCCUCCCGAGGAAAAGAAAGGAAUCCUCCCGAGGAAAAGAAAGGAACUCCCGAAUAUAAGAAAGGCAACCUCCCCGAGGAAACAGGAAAGAAACCUCCCGAGGAAAGAAAGGAAUCCUCCGAGAAAAGAAAGGAAUCCUCCCGAGGAAAAGAAAGGAAACCUCCCGAGGAAAAGAAAGGAAACCUCCCGAGGAUAAGAAAGGAAACCUCCCGAGGAAAAGAAAGGAAGCCUCACGAGGAAAGCGAAAAGGGGAAUCCCUCCGAGUUGAAAAGAAAGGCAAACCUCCGAGGAAAAGAAAGGAUCCUCCGAGGAAAUGAAGCGAAACUCCGUAGAAAGGAAUCCUCCUGA